GUUGUUUAUUGCAGUUUUGGAAUACUUACAUUUCAAGUGGGGAGUUUGUGACCCAGAAAAGUUAAAUUUAACAGGGUUGGAGGUUCAAAAGGAGGCCACCGAUCUCCAGCGUGAACCCGCGUGGAAACGAGUGUUGAUGCAGAUCUUUUACUUGCAGCAUGGCUCCGCCGGGCGACGCUAGUGCUAACGUGGAGCAGAAGGUGCUGCGCUAUGAAACCUUCAUCAGCGACGUCCUGCACAGAGACCUGCAGAAGGUGCUGGAGCAGAGAGAUCAGGUGUACGAGAAGAUCUCCCAGUACCUGCAGCUGAAGAACACCAUACAGAGCCUCCAGGAGGCGGGCUCUCAGAAGCUGAAGACGGACGUAGAUCUCGGCUGUAACUUCUACGUUCAGGCUGAAGUCGAGGACCCAUCCAGGAUCUUUGUGGCGGUCGGCUUCGGCUUCUUUGUGGAGAUGACUCACGAUGAGGCUCUGAGGUUCAUCGAAAAGAAGACGAGUCAGCUGACGGCUUUCACGGAGCAGCUGACCAAAGACUCCUCCAAAAUAAAAGCUCACAUCCGCAUGGUGUUGGAGGGUCUCCGUGAGCUGCAGCGUCUCUCAGAUGUCCCAGAGAGCAAAACAUCAGAUGUUCUGUAGAUGGUUCCGUCAGACGACAGCUCUGUAGUUCUUCAGGGGGAGCGUCACGGACACGGAGACCGGCGUCUCGUCAUCACGCUCCUGUCAUCAUGUCUGCGUGUACAGAAGUGGCAGAAGUUUUCUUCUUUAAAUCUACAGGAAGGGUUUUUUACACGACAACUACAACGACAAUUACUUUUCUUUUGAGGAUUAAUGAAGACGUUUUGAAAUUUACUUCGGGAAAAACAAACUGGAUGAUCCAAAGUUUAUGGACAUUUGUACAUAGUUUUUUUUUUUGUGAAUUUCUUUGAAUGUUCAACAAAUGUUCAACAAAACAAAACAUUGACCCCUUUUUAUUCUGUUUAAGAUCUUUUUCCCGUAUGCGGUUACAUGCAGAAGUAGGACAGUGUUCCAUGGCUGCAUUUAAACAUCAGCACCAUAAAUUUUCAAUAAAACAAUCCAGAUGUGUUCAAAGCUGACGACAUGGCGUUUACCACUCUGCUGAUGGUCAGACAUCAAGUCAGGACCUGAACCCCAGCAGGGUCAAUGGAUCUGCCGUCCACACACUUCUGGAUGGAUGGAAGCAUCGGUGAUGACCUCCAGCUGCUAUGAGGUGUUGUCAUGGCAACAGGCUGCUGGAUGGAGUUGCAGCGAGAGACUGUUGAAAGCAGAUCCUGCGUUCAGACAGGAUCCCGUCAGAGCAGAGUCCCGGGGCCUGUACUACGAAGCGGGAUUUGGGUUUAGCGAGGUAACUUCAGGUUUAACCCUGGGUUUUCAGGACUACGACGGUGGUUCACUUCUUAGCGGGGCACAUCGCCAUGGUAACUUAUGCUGAACCGCUAACCUGCUCCGGAGCAGGUUAUGUUCAAGAUACAGAUCGCCGGGUGUAAAAGCACCGCCCACUGACCAAUCAGCUCUUUUGGAAAAUGACAUGCCCUUUCGAAGAGAAUCCAGUGGAGCUCGGGGCGCGGAUCGUGAGAGGAUCCCUCCGAAGAGAACGCGUAUUCAGGGACCACCAAAACCCCUUUGUUUUCCCUGAUGAGUACCUGUAUGAACGAUCCAAAAAAAAAGGAAAAAAAGAAAAAAGAGGUGGAGGAGAAAAUAAAAAAUAAAUCAAUCAAUGAAUAAAUAAAACAAAUCAUCACCCAAAAUCCGAUGUACAGUCAAUCCAAAACUAAUACCAAUUAAAUAAAUAAAUCAAGAAGAAAUGAAAAAGAAGAUGCAUUUGUAAGGGGAUAGCAAAAAAGGGAUUUUCAAUUUCGUCCCUCGAACAUUCUGAGAAGUCACUUUAAAAUACUAAAUACCCCCCUCCUGAAAAAAUAAAAAAUUAAAUAAAAUAAAUAAAAAAACCCAAUUCUUUGGUACAGCAUCAGCACAAGUUAUCGGUCAACAACAAUAGUUAUAGAACCAAUAUAUACAGGACUGUCUCAGAAAAUUUGAAUAUUGUGAUUUUCUGUAAUGCAAACACAAAAACAAAAAAAUGUCAUACAUUCUGGAUUCAUUACAAAUCAACUGAAAUAUUGCAAGCCUUUUAUUAUUUUAAUAUUGCUGAUCAUGGUUUACAGUUUAAGAUUAAGAUUCCCAGAAUAUUCAAAUAUAUGUUUAUAUCCCUAUGAAUUUACGCAUUUAUACAGUCAGCGAUCUUUUGCCAGCUGUCUUUCCUGCAUUUUGCAGCUGCAACUGUGUUGCUUUUUGCCUGUAUUAUAUGCCUAUACUCAUCAUAUUUCCGUAAAAUUAUUGUUU